AUGAUUGCCCAGCGUAUUAUGUUACCUGACGGACAAAGCCUGGCAGACUUUGAUAACCGCCACUCGACCACUCGUGUAGGCUCCAAUCCACGCCGUGAGUCACUCUAUCAAUCUUCCAGGCAGCCGGGAAAUAUUUCGAACCAACGAACUUCAGUCUCAAUUUCACAGUCUGUGAGUGAUGGAGAGUCCUCUGGCCUAUGGGUCAGUCAUCCCCCAGCUCAGAAUAACACCGUACUCCAGUUGAAAAGCUCAUUAAUCGAACAAGCGACGGCAAGACUAAGACGACGACUCCUCGAAGAAGAUCUUUUGGGUGUCGUGAACCAAGUCGACGAUCUACAAAGUCAGCUCGACACACUCCGCGCAGAAGCAGCUGCAACCUUGGACGCAGUGAAGAAAACCAAGGACCAGCCGGCUGAUGAUUCCGGUCUUGAUAGUAACAUGUCCGGCCAGGACUACCAAAUGAAGAUAUUCGAAAGUCGCGCCGAGAUGUUCAAGACGAGUCUGACGAUCUUGAAGACGAACCAGCACGUGAAAGACUCUGACGAACCAAUCAAAAUGACUCCUUCAACUUCAUUUACUUCAACACUGUCCAAGAUGUCCUCCUUGUUCAGUCGCGCCAAGCGUAGAUUAUCUGUAGCAGCCAGCCAAAGUGAAGCAGAAGACGAUGUGCCCCGUAUGCAGCAACCUGCAGAAGAGGAGACCAUGAUUGCAUGUGAUCCGAUGGCAGCCGAUGAUGAAGCACAACAACGGCGACACCGACGACGCAGACGGGUCAGACAUUGUCGUGAACGUUAUCUCGAAUUGAUGCAAUCGUACGACCAGGACUUGGAACAGUCCGAGUCGCAAGCUAACGAACAACGGCUAACCGAAGAUAUUGCCAGCGAGUCUCUAUCGUUCUCUGGCCACGCGAGCCAGGAUAUCGAGGCCGAGUACCUCCGUCUUUUGGCAGCCAAUGUCCCUGCCACGCCCUACUCAGACUCUAGCUCUAUCGUCUCUGAUUCCCUUCUUGAUCAGAUCGGCCAAAAUUACCCGAAAUCAUAUCCUGUCGCCUUAUCGGUCGUCUCUUCGACCCUAACCGAUGUCACGCCUUCAAGCUCUUUACUUUUACCUUUACCUUUACCUUCACCUUUACCCUUGACUAUACCGCCACCCAUAUCGAUGGCACCCUUUUUACCUUUUACAGAAACAACUGAUCCCAACCUCGACCACUGGUUGUCCGAGCAAGAGGCCCAGCACAUCUACAGUUCUCCUUUGAACAUAUACCCCCCUACACCAAAUGCCCUUAAUAAUAAUUACAGCAACAACAACAACAACAAUAAUAAUAAUAAUAUACAAGCACCUGAACGCAAUGCAUUUGACGAGACCCUAAGCUAUCUUGAUCACCCAAGCUUUAAUGCCUAUGAUAUCAAUCUCCUCGAAGACCUUUAUGAGAUCGUUAAUGACCCAACUCUAUCACCUACACCAGAAGAGCCACUAAAGGAUAAGCCAUUUUUCGAUCAAUCCCACGUAUUACAAUGGUUACAGCUGCUAUUGCCGUCCUGGCUGGUCUUGACCGCACAAGCAGGCUGGAAGUGGUACAAGUUUUUUAAUGUUCUUGGACUUGCACUCAUUAUCAGCCUUUUCAAUGGUCCAGACGAAUUUAAUUCCCCAUCCUUUAAAUCAGAUCAAUAA